UUUCUCUCGCGUUCGGGCUUCCGCGGUUUGGGGCGGCGGGACCCGCCGCUCGCACGGAAGCGGCGAAGAGCCCGGCCCGCGGGUGCGGGGAUCCCGCCUCCGGCUCGGCGGCCGCCGCCCGCGGAACCCAGCCGAAAGGCAAGAAGGCUGAAAUGGGAUUUUUAAAACGUCGGUAAUAAACAGGUAUGUGUUUCAGACUUCGAAAGGUGCUUCCCAGACACAAUAAAGUAUGCCAUCUAGCCUCUUCUGAUUUGAAAUUCGUUUUUAAGGCGUCUGAUACAAAUAUUACUGACAUCUGGACAAAUCCAAGGUUUUAGUUCAAGCAGUAGUCUAAGGAUAAAGAGGUUAUAGCAUCAUCGGUGCAGUAUUAUAGCCUCUUCAGGACAAAGACCUCAUCAUUUUGUUGCCAAAGAUUUCUGUUUCCAGCCACCAGUGAACAUCACCACACAUGUUUAGCAAAAGCUAGCAUUAUGUUUCUCCAUCUUCAGGUAAGGAAUCCAUGUUGCACCUGCCAUGCAUUGAUAUUCAUUCUGUUGUAAUAGUAGUUCAUCUUCCUGUUGUGUGUGGGUGAGUAGGGGGUUGCUUAUUUUCCAUUUGUGACUUGAUUAAAAAUCAUUGUCACCUUAGGUUCUUAAGUCUUCCAGAUAUUCUUAUUGGUUUUCUUUUUUGUUUGUGUUCACUUCUAUAUAAUAGAAUAAAAUAUUUUUCUUGAUUUAAUAUGAUUGUUCAAAAAUAAAAUUAUUUGAAAUUUUAACCAUGAAUAUCUGCUUUUUAUGUCUCUUUAGAUUUAAAAUAGAAAUGUUAUGGAGAGUAUUCUUCACCUAGCUUCCGUUUAACACAGUUACAUGGAAGUAAAAAAUCUAUACUUUCUCUUUUGCAUGCCUCAUUGAGAGAAGAGUACAGUAGUCAGGAGAAUACUUGCAACGAAGUUGAGAAAUUACUAGUUGUGUAUUAAAAGUUACGUUUGUGUAGCGCCAUUCAUCCCACAGGAAUCGAUAAGACCUUUCCAAUUUAUAUAUUCAGGAAUAACUUAACCCGCUGAGUAGUUCUUGUUUGCCCUUCUCUGGAAUGGAUAUUUCUUCUCAUCAAUCUCGCCUCCUACAGCAACUGAAUGAGCAGCGCAGGCAAGACUUAUUCUGUGACUGCAGUAUCCUGGUUGAGGGGAAGGUCUUCAAAGCACAUCGAAAUGUGCUGUUUGCCAGUAGUGGUUAUUUCAAAAUGCUCCUUUCUCAGAGCUCAAAAGACAUGAGUCAGCCAACAACUGCUACCUUUCAUAUGUUCUCCCCUGAUACUUUUAUGGUCAUUCUGGACUUUGUGUAUUCAGGCAAGUUAUCUCUUACUGGUCAAAAUGUGAUUGAGGUAAUGUCAGCUGCCAGCUACCUGCAGAUGACAGAUAUCAUUAGUGUUUGUAAGACUUUCAUUAAAUCUUCACUGGACAUCAGUGAGAAGGAGAAGGAUCGCUACUUCAGUCUUUCAGAAAAAGAUCUGAACAGUAAUGGAACUGAGAGUCCAUGCUUAUAUAGCACAGAAUGGAGAGUAGAAAGCAGUCCCUCACAUUCUCAAAGGGACUCUCACGUAGGAGUAUCUAUAAUGGGUGGAAAUUCCUGGAGUAAUUGCACCUACUACUCAGCUUCACAAAGGAACACCCAACAAUCUCACUUGACCAAACAGACUCAAAGACGGCAUUCCAUAAAAAAACGUAUCAGGCAGCUUGGAUUGCCACAGUCCACUGAUGUCCCCCAUGGUAAAUCAAGGAAACUUGGAAAUAGAGCUUCAGAGCCUAUUAACCACAUUUCUCAAUCUGACGAGCAAACUCAGCUUGAUACAGAAGUUGACUUUGCCCAUGCUGGGUAUCAACAUGGUCUGGGGUCAGAGGUGUUGCCAAGGAGCUUGCUAGAGACCCAGCAGGAGUAUGAAUCAUCUAGAUCAGCCAACAAGUCUAAAUCAUCAAAAGCAGAUGAGCUGUAUGCAAGUAUGCCCACAAUUUUAGGUGUUAUGGGGAGUUGGAUUGAAGAUGAUGUGAGGUUCAAGUGCCCAUUUUGUACCCAUAUGGUGAAGCGGAAAGCAGACCUAAAGCGUCACCUUCGUUGUCAUACAGGGGAGCGACCCUAUCCAUGUGAGGCAUGUGGGAAAAGAUUCACCAGGCUAGAGCAUCUGCGUAGCCAUUUUCGAACAAUUCAUCAGGCUUGUAAACCAAUAUGCAGAAAGUGUAAGCGCCACGUGACUGACAUGACAGGGCAAGUGGUGCAAGAAGGAACAAGGCGCUACAGACUGUGUAAUGAAUGUCUGGUUGAAGCUGGCAUAGAAAGCAUUCCUAUUGACUUGGAGGCUGAACAAUCACUUGGGUUUUCACCAGAAGAGGACAAGGAUUCUAGGUGGCACUUUGGUGAAGAACACAGAACUAAGGAAGUUGUGGAGGAGGACUCUGUUGGUUUAGUCAUCCAGGAAGUUGAUGAUAGUGAAGAUGAGACUGAGAAAAAGGAAGUAAAGCCAAAUAUUAGUUAGUUGUGAAUUAAUUGAGAAUUAGUAAAUCUCACCAUUACAUUAAUUUCUUGUGUCUUGCCCAGGAAUCCCCAUAUCCCCAGACUCUUGUUAACACGCAAAGUUCUGUCAUUAUGACUGUGAUAUGAUCUUAUUUGCAUGCUUUGUAUUCAUCAAGACACCAACAUCUGUGACACUGGAAAGAAUCCCAAGACAGAAUAAUGAGCAAUUCACCUUUGAACUACUAGAGGGAUGAAUAACUUUUUUUUAUUAAAAUAUUCCUUAAAGACUUUAAAUGAAGGAAAAAAAACAUUAAUUCUCACCAAUACUUGCUCUCUCUUUAAGAAACAUUACACCAUUUAAAAAGCAAUAAUUUUUGCACAAGUUCUAAGUUUAGUUACUCUUGUUUAUAUUUUUUCAUUGGAUGCAUUUUUCAUCCAGCAAAAUAGAAUAAGAAUUAAAAUACUCUGCCACUGUGAAGCAGGAAGGGAAUUAGAGGUUUCAGAGUAGCAGCCGUGUUAGUCUGUA